AAAGAGUCCUAUAGCUUGUAUCUGUCUUAUUUUUCAUCCCAAGAGACAAUGAAGGGAAGAUGACCGAACGAGCGUCCUCCAACCUAGAAGAUCAGCGUUUCAAAUCCAUAGAUCAAUCUUUCAUCCACAUCACAAAUGAUUCUUGCCAUUGCAAUCCAGCCUUGGAUUACUCUCAUCUAUCUCACAAUUGUUCAGCCAAUUACUAUAGCCAACACUUGAUGUCUCUCAAUUCAUCGACAUCUCAUUAUACCCCCAUACUUCUGGAUACAUUGACACCCCCCUAUGAAACAAAUAAUGCAUUAAUGCACGGACCACACUGCACAGCAGCCUUGUCAAAUAACGACUGUAUAGAUCUUUUGCCGGGUAUUAAACGCAAACGCCAGGACACUAUAGGCGACCAAUCAGCAAGCUCGUCAAUUUAUGCUAAUGCAUACCAACCCAAAGGCCAGAAAACCAGUAAUACGGAUCAAAUAAUCAAUCAGACCAAUGGAUUCCAAAAUGAGUAUCGGUCUCCAAUAUCCCUUGUGAAUUCAGAAACAUAUUAUAGGAAUACCCCCUCAGAUCUAGUCCACGACAAUCGUAUAUAUCCCUCAAUCAAACAAGCAUGCAUAUCAGAAUCAUUCGAAGCCGUCUCUAUAAACGAAUCAGAAGCAAAACAAGUCGUCUGCAUUUUAGGAAACAUGCUCUCCAUAGUAAAAGUUGAUGUGUCAAAGGAGUCUGAAAGAGUCUGUAAAGACAUGUCUGCUCUUCGAGAAACCGUCAACCAACAAACCAUAGAUAUAUACUGUCUCAUGACUGGCUUCAUGACAGUUUAUCUAGUUUUCAUCGAGCUUCUCUUUCAAGAUCUGAUCGGUAAUGUGAACCGAAGCUCUUUUGUAGAAUACUCGAGUCUCUUUGCGGAACAAGACGAUAUUUUAAAAAAAUCUGAUGAUAUAUUUCUAUGGCACCAUUCGUACACUCGGCACCACACCACUAUUCUAUCCUCUCUGAGGAGCCAAAUGCAAGCAGCCGGCAUAAAAUUCCAUUCUCUUCAACUCAUCGACACCAUAUUCUCACAAUUCUAUACACUUCACUUUCUUGAGACAUCAGCACAGAAACACCAAAAGGACCAUGGUCAAUUUUAUACCCCUCAAAGCGUGGUGCAAUUUAUGUGGAUGCGAUGCAUGUCCAAACAGACUUUACGAGAUACACUAAAGACAGGAAGAGUUCCGCGCGUUCUCGAUCCAUGUAUGGGCAUAGGUACCUUUCUUUGCGAGUUCCUGACCAGACUUGUGAGCCAAAGCACUACAACACCUCUAUUGUGGAACGAUCCAACCAUGUUGAGAACCAUGCUGUCUCAAACAAUCCCAGAUGCCUUGUGGGGGGUCGAAAUCGACCCUUUUGCAUGUAACCUAGGAAAACUAAAUAUAAUUCUUCAUUUGUUUCCGUUUUAUAAGAGGCUAGUUGAGCUGGGGGAGUGUUUAACGCCGCGCAUGAUAAAUCGACUACGAAUAUUCUGUAAUGAUACACUCAAAUUAACUGUGGAGAGCAAGCCAGUAACCGAAUCAGGGACAGAAGCACAACUUUGGGAGAAGGAGCAGCUGGAAAAACUUAGAGAUGCGGCAUUGUUCAAGUUUGAUUAUGUUGUAACCAAUCCACCAUAUAUGAUUCGAAAGACUGGUUUUAUUGCCGUGCCGGAUCCAGAACUAUACGAUGACAGCGUCCUUGGCAGAGGAAGCCAGGCGUACAUGUACUUUUUGUGGAUUUGCCUUCAACGGUGCGAAGAAACAAAUGGGCAGAUUUGCUUUAUCACACCCAGUCAGUGGAUGGUUCUAGAGUUUGCGGAAGAGCUUAGAGCGUGGAUUUGGCAGCAUUUUGAAAUGCUGGAAAUAUUUCAGUUUGAACCUUACAAGGUCUGGCCAAAGGUUCAAACAGAUUCUCUUAUAUUUAAUUUGCGUAAACGUGCCCCUGGUCGUGUACCAGAACAGACUCUAUUCCUAAGACACAUGUCAAGAAAACACAACCUGGAGAGUAUUAUUAAAUCUUACAACAUAUUUGAUCGAUCUCGUCUGGAAGUGCAAGAUCCACUUAUCAAAUACAAGCUGACAUCUACGGAACCAGUAGACUUUAUACACCAGAUUCCGCAUGCCUCAUUCUCUUUUUUGUCCCCUACGUCUUCUGUUUCUGACCAGCUUAUGAAUCUAACAAAAAGUUUACCUCGUCUAUGCGAUGGAGAGAUGUGUUUGAAUACAUCUUCUUCAUGCGCCCCUCUUGUUUGGAAUCGCGGACCAAACACUAAUCCAGUGUAUGCACUAGUUGUACGAACUCGAUGGGCACUCGGUGUGUUCGGAAAAGAGUGUUGCGAUCAAUGGCUUCGACCAGUCUUUUACUGGAGUGGUAAAUCCUCUAGUGCAAGUCGGCGAAGAAAGACCAGUGGAUUCCAAACAGUUAGUAAAGAAGCCACAUUUUGGCAAGACCGGGAUCCCUUGCGCCUGACAAAAAAAGAGAAUUCGCCUGCUGAGGCAUAUGUACCUCUUUGUCGCUCUGACCCCGAUGACACCAGAUUAUCGUUCUACUCGAUGAUAUUGGUUGAUAAAGACGGGGCACUGCAACUUGAAGAAGAAUAUAAAUUGUACGGUAACACUGCAAACUCAUCUGCUCUCUACCAUUAUUUGCUUGACGCCCGCAAUGCCCUUCAGACUACGAAAACCGACCGGAAUAUUGCAUAUUGCCACUACAGUAAAUGUGGAAUUGAAACCCCAGUAAAGAUUGUUCACCCGAUAAACUUUGGGUAUUUUACUCGCACACAACCACGACAGCGAUUCUUCAUCGAUACUGACCGACGCUGCGUAACAAACCAGUGCAUGUAUUUUACCAUAAAAUCCGAAUAUCCUUGGCAGUCAGCAGAUUUCUUUUGUGGUCUCUUAAAUUCUAGCACACUACAGUUUUUUAUACGAGAUACUUGUUAUUACGACCAGCAAGGACGUACACGAUUUUUCGGAAAACAUAUGGCCAAAAUUCCGUUUACCCCACCUCGUUCGACUAUAGACGUUGAGAUUAUGGCUAUGUUUGUGCGGCAUCUAACAACAGCACGUCAAUGGAUAUAUGGGAUUAUUCAACUAUCGAAUACACUCAAUGUUAUGGAACAAGUCAGAGGAUGUACAUGGCAUAUACCAUUAGUUGAUCAAGCAUUACUGUCUUUGUGUGAACAGAGAACACCCAACUGGCGAAUUGACUUGUUUAGAGCACCGUACGAUGCGAAUGACUGGAUAAAUAUAAUAAUACAAUCAGAAUCACACACAAGAAGCGUGGGUAUGUAUGAGGAGCUGACACGGCUUCUUAAAGUGGCAUCCUUGUUUCAAUAUUGCAUUGAUCAGCUCGUCUAUGACAUUUACAGUAUACCGGCCGAUCUGCAAAAAGGGCUUGAGCAGGAACUUGGGCUCAUAUUGACUGAAACUUGGAAAAAUAUUUUAUUUGAGGAAACUAGUGUGAAAGACCAUUGCCUAACCUGGGGUCUGUGUAUGGAAGAAGUCGCAAAAAAGAUAUUUGACAAAGAUUCUUAGUUGAAUUUCUCUCUCUCUCUCUCUAUCUUCCUCUCUUUCUUCUUCUGUUUCUCUUCUCUUUUAUUAUUAUUUGUGAUAGUACCCUUUUGUAAAUAUUAACAUGGUGACAUAAAAAUUA